AGACUCCCCGUCUUUGCAAACGAAGUAGCCUCUGGAGACAGCUUCUUUGCAGACAGGGUCAAGGCCAUCCGCAUCCACCGCCACGAUGAAGCUCGUCAGGUUUUUGAUGAAGCUGCAAAACGAGAGCGUGACGAUCGAGCUCAAGAACAACACUAUCAUUCAUGGAACGGUGACAGGCGUUGACGUGCAGAUGAACACGCACCUCAAGACUGUCAAGAUGACCGUCAAGGGACGGGAGCCGAUUAACCUCGACACGCUUAGCAUCCGAGGCAACAACAUCCGCUACUGGAUCUUGCCCGACUCGCUGCCGCUGGAUAUGCUCCUCGUCGAUGAUGCGCCAAAGCCAAAGGGAAAGAGAAAGGAGGGCGCAGCGCGGGGAAGGGGCAUGGACCGCGGGCGUGGAGGCAGAGGAGGCAGGGGUGGGCGCGGAAGGGGAAGGGGCCGAUGAUCUCAGCAAACAAAAACCACAAUUGGUGCCUACUUCCUCCAUAUCUGUACUACUUACUUCUCACCCAGCCAUCAUCAAAAUUGUUUCUCCUUCUUCACGCGGCUCAGACAGCUACAGAGGCGCAAUGGAUGAGGACAUCAUGACAUUUGAAGAC